AUGGCAGACGAUUAUAAUGAACUACCUACCUUUGUUGGAGGUGUUAAGGAAACGCCAGAAGAAAUCCGAAAUCAAGUUAUAGGUGAAUUUUUGAGAUUGCAUAAGACAUCCCAACACAUCACUAGCUCCAACGAGGCUACCCGUUGUGAAUAUAUUUCCCGUAUCAUUUAUGGUGUGGCAUCAAUAUAUGAAGGUGAAAUAAAGGUUUAUCCUCAGUACGAAAUCUCAGGAAGUCAUGGCAAAGGUCCUGUUGAUUGGGCUAUAAAGAUAGGGAAUAUCAUUAUCACAAUCACCGAGGCGAAAAAAGAGGACAUCAAUCAACGAAUUGCACAGAAUGCGAUUCAACUGCAGACAUCCAUCCAGCGCAACCCUAAAAAACGUAGCUAUGAAACGGCAGUUUUACAUGAAGAUGUAAUGUAUAGAAUUGUAUCAACUGCUGUGGAUUGGGUAAUAAUCAAACUAGUUUCGACUAACUUUGAGAAUAAUGGCGAAGGGAAGGUGGAAGUGUUAUUAAGUUCGUUGUCACUCUCUCAAUUACCAAUCAAUAAGGCUAUAUUGACACAUGAUGACUUGUUUGAGCAAAUCAAGUGGGUGUUUGAUAGCCAGAUCGAAUCCCAGGAAUUAUUGAAGCAGUGGUUUUAUCGUAGUUUUUUUAAUAAUCAAGCGAAAAAGGAGGAAUUGGAAAGACUAUAA